UUCUCAUUCAUUUAGUAGCCUACUAGUCUUGCAACGCAGAGGAAUCGUGCCUACAAGUGUACGCCUCUGAGCGCUCCACGCAGUAGAAAAACAAUAGUACUGCACCGUCAGACGACUGAUUGAGCCUGAAUAUCAACUUGGAUAUAUUUUGACGCGCAAAGAAUUUGCUUUUUAAGGAACCGCGAGGAAAUCAUUUUUGUUUGCGCUUUUUGUUCCACCGCGCUUUGGGCAAAACUGGGUUGUGUUGCCAGAUCGUUCUCAAGUGCGCAGUGCUUUAUUGGGCGCCUGCUUCAUCUUCCAAGCGCUACUCGUGGAUUUACCCUCACCUUUGGACAAACUAGUGAAUUUAUUCGCCGCGGACUGAAGGAAUAACAACCUAUCAAGAACCAAAGUUUGGAUACAACAAAUGUAAUGAGCUUUAGAUUUUAACGACAGCUCGUUUUAAACCGUUUUGGAUGGGUGCUUGGUAUAUUCGCUGAUGGAUCCUACACCAUGGAUGGUUGCAUUUAGGAUUUUAGAUGCAUGCCAAGUCCACAGUGAAUGUCGGAAGUGGUGAUCACCCCAGAUGGAGCUCCAAGGUCAACAUGGCAACGGCGGCUCAUUAGUAGUGAUCCAGCAGCCUUCCCUGGAGGGCCGGCUGGACCGUUUGGACUACGAACGGGAGCUCCAACAUGCCGCCAUCCUCUCGCUCGACCAAAUCAAGGCCAUCCGCUCCAACAACGAGUACACAGAAGGGCCGUCGGUGGCUCGCAGGCCACCACCGCGCAUGGUGGUGGCGCCGCCGCGCUCAGAGAAGCAUGAGAGCACCCACGAGAUAAUACUCGUCAAUGUGAACAACAACUAUGAGCACCGUCAUCACGGUCACACGGGCACCUCCGUGUUGGGACAGCAUUACAAUGGACGGGUGCCCGGCCUAAGUCGCUCCACAAGCACGGGAAGUGCGGCCAGCUCGGGGAGCAACAGCAGUGCCUCCUCAGAGCAAGGCCUCCUGGUACGCUCCCCUCCAAGCCGGCUAGGCUCUGCCCACCACAACCACCACCACAGCAGCAAUAGCCACCGGCACCACCGGGUGGACACCAGGCCCGUACGGACUCAACCUAAGUCGCUAUCCCCGGCCUCCCAGCAGCAGCAACUGCUUCUGCAUCAGCUGGAGCCCCCUCUCAAGCCCUCCACCAAGGGCGGACUGGCUGCGCUAAGCGGACUGGGCCUGGGCAAUGGGCUGGCGGACUCGUCCAGCAGCCACCAGUUUAUAUGCGAAUGCUGCGGCAAGUGCAAGUGUACCGAGUGCACGGCGCCCCGGACUCUGCCCUCGUGCCUGGCGUGCAACGGCCAGUGCCUGUGCUCAGCCGACAGCGUGGUGGAGCACGGCACGUGCAUGUGCCUGGUGAAGGGCAUCUUCUACCACUGCUCCAAUGACGACGAGGGCUCGGACUCCUGCGCCGACCACCCCUGCUCGCUUUCGCGUUCCCACUGCUGCUCGCGCUUCCUCUGCAUGGGAUUAAUGUCCGUUCUCUUCCCCUGCCUGCUCUGCUACCCGCCGGUCAGGGGCUGCGUCAAGGCCUGCCAGGACUGCCAUGACCGGGUCAACCGGCCCGGCUGCCGUUGCAAGAACUCAAACACUGUCUAUUGCAAACUGGAGAGCUGGGACCCUAAGGCCCAGGAGAAGCCUUCCUGAUUCCUAAUGUCUCUAUCCCCGGAGAGGAGUUGCCCCCCCCUGCUCCGCCUGUGUGUGCUCGCUCUCUCUAUCUCUCCCAUGUGGUUCUGAUGAUGACAAUGAUGAUGAUUAUGAUAAUGAGAAAUAAUCAUUGCUAUCAAUGUUUAUCAAAACAAUUUGAGCACCUCCCACCCUUUUGCCCUGCUGAAUGUAGGGGGCGUCUGCUAUUGGAGUGAUGCGCAUGGAGUAUGAAAACCACUCUUCCUUUUUUUAUUUUCCUCCCUUGUUUCAACAGAACCAUUUCUUUCUUUCUACAAAAUCAGUGUUUGCCUUAACCGUUUCUGUUUUUUUUUUUGUCUUUUUGGCUACACAUUAACACUUGUUAUACAGAUAUUUUUUCUGUGAGCUAGGCAGAGUUUCCCCUGGUGCUUUAAGCCUCAAAAGCAUGUGGCCUCUUACCAAAUCUGUGAAGGACUAUCUAGCUAGACAAUAUGUAGCUGUUACCGGAACAUAGCAACCAUGAGUGUUUUCAGCAAUCAAUUGCUACCACAUUUUAAGGCUAUGGGUAACCUUGGUUCUUUUUUUGCAUUCAAAGGAGAGCUCAUUUAUGACAUAGUAUUUCUGUUGGAUGGUUCUCCCCCACUCCCCCAAGACUUUUACCAACUGUUCUGUGGCAUUCUUACCCUUCCCAUUUUGUUCUCAUUUUUUUGUAAAUUGUAUGUUCAGAUCCAUAAGAGAAAUUCUGGCUAUUUUUUAAAAAAAGAAAAAAAUGUCUGUUAAAACAUUUUUUGUUGUACAAAAUAUUUAUUAUGUGAAGCUCUAUUAUUUUAUGAUAUUUAUUGCAAAAGACAGUCUUAAACUUACUCAUGUCUGACUAUAACAAAAUAUCAAUACUUACUGAAAAAUUAAAGGGUGGCACAAAAGAUAAAAACUAUGUUAACUUUAAUGCAGAAAAAUAUAUUAAUUAAUGAAAAUUA